AUGAAAACCGACUGGAGGUCGAUUUAUCUGGCUACGAUUGGUCAUUUUCUACUGACUUUUAGGGUUUCAACUGUUGCUGCCAAUCUAUGGCCUUAUAUGAAAUUGGUAGGAAAUUUUUUUAAAUUUAAAAUUUUGAAAAUAUUUUAAAAUUUGUUUUUUACAUUUUAAAGUUCUGUCGCUUUUGAACGUGUAAGCCAAUGUAAAUUAACGACAAGACUUUAUUGCUUUUUAUAAUUUGGAAAAAUGUAAAAGAUGCUGCGUUAUAUUAGUGUUAUAGUAAAAUAUGUUGCUUUUAGAUAGAUCCUCACAUUCGUGAAUCAUUUUUUGGCAUGAUUGUGUCUUUAGAAAACCUAGGAACCUUGUCAACGUCGCUUAUCGGCGGAGUUUUGUGCAAUAAACUGAAAACUACAAAGUAAGUGGAAGUUUAAAUCUGCUCUUAUCUUCACCCCUAACCCUACUUUUACCACCUACCCCUACGCUUACAAUUAACCCUACUCCCCAGUGCCGGGCGGGGACUUUUGGUGUGGGGUCGAAAAAAUCCAAGGGGGGGGACCACGUUCAACUUUUUUCGAAAGUACCCUUCCUUUUUAAAAAAAGCUGCUGGUACUUGUUGUUUCAGGCCAUGUCUGAUCGUAGGUGCAUUGUCCUAUUUAUUAGGAACCUUGACGUUUUUGGCGGUUGAAAAACUGGUCCGUUUUGAUAAAGUUUUGUUCAUUUUUAUGCAAAUGUGCUUUGGUUUUGGCAUUGGUAAGUGAAUAUUUUAUUGUUUGAUACUAUUUCUUUUGUAAUUAGUGCUGUUUUUAGUGUUUGAUACGUGUUUUUUGUACAAGGUGCUAUUCUUGGUACUAUUUUGGUACUGUAUGUACUAUUUCUGUACUUGAUACUAUCUUUGAGGGCCAAUUUAGUAUUUGUUACUAUUUUAAGGUUUGAUGAGUGUAGCUCGUACCCACAUAGCCAUGGCAUCUACAGAACAAGAUCGGCCCAAAGCUAUGUCCAUCUACCAACUUUUUUAUUCUGUCGGGCUGGGUGUUGGACCUUGUAACUUUUUUCUAAAUUUUUAAAUUUUUAUUUAACAUUUUUCAUCGAUACCUAUUUGACUUUCUUGGCACUGAAACUGUAAAAAAAUGACUUACUCAACAGUGCCAAUUUAAAAAAAAUUUUAGUUCUCAGCCUAGCCUGCACUCUACUACCAUACCCCGGCUACAACUACCUUUUCGAUCUCCACUUCAACAUCUACACAGGACCAUCCUUUGUCUUCCUUAUCACCGUGAUAAUAUCCUUCAUUUUACUCGUCUUCUCCUAUGAUGGCACUUUAAUCAUCCUCAACCCUCCGAAAUACAGUACCUUCAGUGACCCGAGACGGCGUGGUUCCGAGAAUUUUUUCAUUGAAAUUCAGUUGAACGAUGACGAUGAUCUGAGGCAGUUUGGGCUUCUGAACCGUGACGAUGGAAGUAAUAUGGGUUUUCAACAUGAUUUACGUUACCUACCUUAUGGCCGGAAGAUUAGUCCAGAAGAUGCCGGAAGAAGAGGUAGUUUUGUUGGGAGACGGCCGAAACGAAGUGGAGUUCAGAAGAUUAGUCUGGGGAAGUUGAGGGAAGAACUGGCGAACGUUGAGGCAUUUAGAGGUCAGAAGAGUGGCUGGGGUAAAAAGUCUAGUCUUGAGGAGAUUAGAAGGCAGAGGUCAAGCUUGGAGAACAUCAAUAAGCAAAGGAAGAGCUUGGAGGAUAUUAUAAGGCAAAGGGCUAGUUUGGAGAAUAUUAAAAAGGCCACCUUGGAAGAUACGAAGAAGACUAGUCUAGAAGAUUUAAAGAAGUCAUACCUAGAAGAUUUAAGGAAGUCAUAUCUUGAAGAAUUCUUAAGGCAAAAGUCCAGGAUUGAACGUUCCAAAAGUCAGAGAGACAGUGCGUACGAAGUUAGAAGGCAAAGAGGUAGUGUAGAUGAUGGUAAAGAUAGAAAUGGUCAGAAGAAUGAUGCUAUAAAACAAAGGGCUAGUAUACAUGAUUUUAGAGGUCAGAAGGAGAGUUCUGAUCAGUCUAAGGACAACGGUUUGGCUAAAAUUGGAAAUGAAGGUAAUGAUGAAGUUCAAUUUGAAAAAGAUGGACAAAGUGAAGGUCAAUUCAAAAAAGGUCAUCAUGAUAAAGGUGAUAAGGCUAAAAACGAUCGAAAGGACCAAGAAGAUUUCAAGGCAACCUCUGACCAGCCUACAGACUCUAAAGAAUACACUUACAGUCCUGUAAACUCUAAAAAAGACACUGCCAACAUUACAGACCUAAACCAAGAAGAAGGCACCCCCUAUCACUUGUACAACCCAGAAGACUUUGAAGAUUCAAGAGAACCUCACGGUCGGUUAAAAUUUCGCCGUACCAGCUCAAUCUCUAUCGUAUGUUCCACGCACAGUGCUGAUACCAAGUCUUGUAAAAAUUGUUCUGGCCAUAAACUGUCGAACAAUAGUUUUCGUUCAACUCCAAGUGGCAGUAGACGCACUUCCAGCAUCUACGAUUCGCUGGGUCACAUUGAUAGUAAUCAUCUUGAUAGUAGGCAAGCAUCAAUCGAUAGUAUUGUUGAUCAAUUUGAUGGCCAAAAACAUAGAAGAAGUGAUGCAUACAGUAUUGAUGAGUAUGCUUAUGAUGGUGUUGGUAUUUUGCAUAGCAAAGAUAGUAAAGAUGAAGGUGGUGAGAAUUAUGGUGAUGAACGUGGUAUCGUAUACCGUAGCAAAAACGGUAGUGAAGACGGAAGAAAAAAUGAUGACAAUUAUGGUAGGAAAGACAAUAUAGGCUACGGUAGUCAUAGUACUAAUCAGUACGGCACUAAAAAUGAUGAAAAAUACAGUACUAAACAUAGUCAACCAUACGAUACUAAAAACAAUGAAUCCUACAAUAGAAGAGACACUGAACCGUUUAGACCAAGAAUUACUACAUACCCCACUUCAACUAGUACCACCUCCACCCCACCAGUAAAAAAACGAUCUGUCGUAUCUCAAUCAAGCCACGAUGACCCAGACGAUACCGUACCAGAACUCAUAAGCCGACGUCCAAGCAGAGUUCCAUCCAAAAAGACUUCCAUGAUCCUACCAGCCAUAACCCAUUCUGUGGUAUACCCACGCCGACCAAUGUCACCAAAACGAUCAAUUUCGAAUGACACUACCCCCAAUUGGCACAAAAAGUCAUUUCAGUACACGAAGAAGUUGAGCUACGUUAUGAAUCCCAAGUUUUUGGUAGCAAAAGAAGAAAGAUAUGACAUGUUUGCAGUGGUACUAUGUUGUAUUACCAGGAUGAUUAAGACUAGUAGUAUAUUGUUUAUGAUCAGCGUCGGUGGCCCGUAUAUGAUGACAGCUUUUGGCUGGACUAGUGAGGAUUUGGUCAAAGCUAAUAUUGUUCUUUUUACUGCGUUUGGUUUUUUCGGUGUUAUUAUUGGGUAGGUUUUCGUUUUUAGUGUUUUAGGCUUACCUUUUAAAAUGUUUAAACUUUUUUCAACAAAUUGUGAACAGGUCAGGGUAGUAAGAUAGAGCAGGAGAGGGUAAGGUAGAGUAGAGUAAAGUAGGGAAGGAUAUGGUAGAGUAGGAUAGCUUAGGGUUGGGUAGGUUAGGGCAAAUCAGGGUGUUUAAAAAUCUAUAAAAAGUGGCGUAACUUAUGCAGCCUGCGAAGAUAGGGCGCUAGUUGGGAAAGUUGAGAAAUGUACUUUUUGAAAAAUAGAAAAAGAAAACUAAAUCAAAUAAAUAAAUGUAUGUAGACUGCUAGUGUGACAAUUUUACAGAAGACGUAUUUUACAAAAAAAAAACGCCGUAUUUUUAAUUCUUUUUCAAAAUUAUCUAUUAUUCUCUAUUGCCACCCGGUUUUUUGAAUUUUUAAAAAUUUAAAAAAAUUUUUUUUUAAUUUUUGUUUUUUAUAUUUUGAACUGGCACAAAAUUCAGCAUCUAAUCAGGUGUAGCAUGAUAUUUUAUGUUGGAGCUUUUAUAGUUUUUUAGGUCAUUUUAGUUUAGGUAUUCUUAGUUUUUGCGAAAAAAUGGCCGGGUUCGAAUCCGCUUGGAUGCAAAAACUUUUUUAUUGUCAACAAUCAAUUUUAAGCUGCUAGGUAUUGUAAAGUAAGUUUUAAAAAUGUAAAAUACGACCGGGCGUUUCCAAAUUUAUUAUAAACAAAGUUUAUUCCAGCCUCUCCUAUAUGAAGCACAUAACCCAAAACUACCUUUCCGACCGUCGUGGAAUCGUAAUAUCUCUAAUAAUAGUGCUAUUCUUCUACCUAAUAACCUACCCAUACCCAUUCUACUCAAAUACUAUACAGUAUGAAGUCAUCCAAAAUGGCACCAUUUUAAAGUAUGGCUGUCCUAAACGCUUCGAAUGGUGCUCAACGACUCCAAUGAUAAACCCAUGGUUAUAUUUCGUUACCAUGGCUUUAUGUGUGAGUAUUGGGAUUCCUUUAAUGAUGAUCAACUUGGACAUACUGUACAGUAAGGUGCUCGGCAAUAUUAAACAAGGCACAAUGCAAGGCAUUUUUGUUGGCGGUGGCGAGCUUAUCAAUAUUGUUGGUCCUAUUACUUUGACGUAGGUGUUUUAUGAUUGAAUUAGUCAUAUGUAAAAUACGAUUAAUGCAAAUAACUUUUUUUUAAAUAAAUUUAAAAUUUAUUGAAAUUUGACAAAAAUUUAGUUUUAAAAAAUUCGAUGAUUUUUGUGACAUUUCGUCGCAUUAAAUUUAUGUCACUUAUUUAGAUAAAAAGCGACUUUGUCGGUUAUUUAUGACAGUAAAAUACAGCUACAAACUCAUUUUUUAAUUUCCAAAAAUUCGAUAAAUGUUGUGACAUUUCGUCCAAAACCAGUUUUACGUAAUAUGCAGUCUUGAACAUCGUUUUUUGGGCAUUCAUAAGCCUAAACUAUACCUAAAAAGAUAUUUUUUAACUUUUAAAAAUUCGAUAAAUUUUGUGACAUUUCGUUACAUUUUUCAAAAUUUGAAAUUUUGCUUUUUGUGCUCUACUAAAACAUAAAAGAGAUUAUAUUUGAUCUUAUAGUGCCAUAUACGAAGCGACCGGUGUGGUAUACUUGUGGAUGUUCAACAUUGCCACCAUUUCUACCGUACUCUUACUGUGGCUGAUUUAUUACAAACGUAUGAUAUCGGCGACGCGAAGAAUCGAAGACAAAUCGAAGAGUGACUCAAACGCUACUGUAACAUCUGUUUAUUAG